AUGUCGCUCAUCGCUCUCAACAUUAAGAACAGAGUAUAUCGAAUAGAAGAAGCUAGCAACUCCAGGUACAAUGGCCACAAUUGUAAGGUCGUUGUAGAUUUCAUCCGGCACCUAAUGGCUGCUAAGUUUGACUUUACUACAUACUCAGUCACCAUACUCACCCCUUACGCCGAGCAGCGGUCUAGGUACAUCAAGGCCCUAAUAGAGCUCGCUGCAACAAAGGGAGUUCAGUGGAAGCACAUGGUGAAAGUUGCCACCGUUGAUUCAAUGCAGGGGCAUCAAUCGGAUUGUGUUAUCUUCGACUGGGUUGUUUCCCAGGCUGUCAGACCUAGCGAUCUCGGGUUUACUGUUGAUAACAAUAGGUGCAAUGUUGGUAUCACCAGAGCGCGAUCUUGUCUUAUCAAUGUGGGAAACGUGGGAAUGCUGAGUGGUGAUUAUGCUUCCAAGCAGCAAGCCAAUUCUAAGCAAAAGGGUGAUGUGAAGCCGCCGCCGGAGGUUCUGGAGUUCUGGCGCUACCUGGCUAAGAAGGAUGUUUGCUACCCUCUUCAGUCGGUAUAUGUAGAGCCGGCUACCUCGGACGAGUACACCUAG